AAAAAAACGCCUCCAGCAGCGAUCCCCUCCCUGUUUUUCUGGUCUCCCCCAAAUCGCCCUCUCUCUCCCCUCUAUCUAGGGGAACGACACCUCCCCGAUCCCCUCCCUGACUCGCUGGUGGAGGCAACGGCUGCGUCCGGAAAUCUCCCUCCCACCACCACGCCGCCGCCGCCACUGCAUCCCAGAUUUUGGUAAUGGACGAUCAGAGUUAUUUUGAUCUAUUGCAUAGUGAUGCCGGAUUGAAUGAUUUGCACUGGACUGAAGAACAACAUGUCGAUCUUGAAGGGCAUGUAGAACAAGAAAUUGAUCUCGAAGGGCAUGAAGAACAACAAACUGAUCUCGAAGAGACUGAAGAGCCUACCCCUGUGAAAGCAAGGUCUUCGAAAGCAAAGGCGAAGAAAGCAAGCGCUUCGAAGAGGCAAAAGAAUUUCAGCAAGGCUGAAGACUUAACUUUGGUGGAUGCGUACCUCGAGAUAACUCAAGAUCCAAUCAUAGGAGUAGACCAAUCUCGUGACUGUUAUUGGAAAAGAAUCGAUGCUUACUUCCAUGCCAAUAAAUCUGAAGACCAUGGUCGCACACAAGGUUCUCUUCAGCAUCGUUGGGCUAUUAUUCAAGAACAAGUGAAUAGGUUUUGUGCAUGUUAUAGUCAGGUCCAGAAUAGGAACCAAAGUGGGAUGCCACGUGAAAAUAAGCUAUGUCAAGUGUUUGUUCUCUAUGCCAAUGGAGAAAAGGCAAAUAAAUCAUUUGGAUUGAUGCAUUGCUUUAAUAAGUUGGAAGACACCGAGAAGUGGAAAUCUCGGUCCCAGAAAAAACAGAAGACAUCCUCCUUGGAUACUCCUAAUUCAUCAUCUGCUAGUUUGUUUGAGGAUGAAGCUACAUCUCCCUCUAAAGUUGUUCCUAAGAAAAGGCCACCUGGAAUCAAGAGGGCUAAAGAUGCAGCAUGGCGGGCUCAAAGUUCUUCCAGUACAGGUAAUAGUAGUGCCAUUGAAUCAUUUGGGGGUAUCUUGGAGACAAGGGAGUAAAAAAGACAAGAGCGAUUUGAGCUCAUGAUUGCAAUGGACAAACAGAGAAAAGAAGAUAGGUUGGUAGAAGAAAGAAACAAACUUGCAAUACAAGAAAAAAAUAUGGAAUUAGAAGAAGAAAAGAUACGAAUCAUGAGAAUGGCGGAAGAACGCAUGAUGGGGGCUGAAGAAAGCAAAAUAAUGAGCAUGGACCUUAGUGGCAUGGAUGAGCAAGAACAAGAAUUCUACAAAUUAAGGAAGAGCCAGAUCAUCAACCGACAUCGUAACUCGUCGGCUUGAGCUAUGUGUUGUAAUUUGUACUACUUAUUAUCUUCGAACCAUUUGGAUGAAAUGUGUCUUGUAAUCUGUACUACUUAUUAUCUUCGAACCAUUUGGAUGAAAUGUGUCUUGUAGUCUGUACUACUUAUUAUCUUCGAACCAUUUGGAUGAAAUGUGUCUUGUAUUC